UUUUGUCUAACCACCGAAGAAGAAGAAGCGGAGCAAACUACUGUCUCUUCCAGCAUCAUCAGUGCCCCUCCGUCAUCUCUCUUCAGUAUUAACGUUCACGAAAGUGGAUUCUUUUGUCACCUGACGACUUACAUCUAACUUCUGGCAUCAGCAUGUCUGAUAAGAGUGAGCUGAAGGCCGAACUGGAGAGGAAGAAACAACGGAUCGCCCAGAUUCGAGAGGAGAAGAAAAGAAAAGAAGAGGAGAAGAAGAAGAAGGAUGGAGAUUCAAAACGUGGAGGUGAUGCGGGUGGAUCCUCUGUCGGCCAUGACGACUCUGAUCUGGAGAGGAAGAGGAGGGAGGCAGAAGCUCUGCUGCAGAGUGUUGGCAUCACCCCUGACAUAGCCCACGCUCAGCCCCUGAGGGUAGUAACAGAGGAUACGUGUCUGUUUCACUACCUAGUCCCUGCCCCCAUGUCUCCCUCCAACAAAUCAGUGGGCAGCGACGCAGGAAGCCAAGAUUCUGGGGAUGGAAACGCAGGACCAAGGACAUUGCAUUGGGAUCCUGACCCCUCCACUCUGCAACUCCACUCCGACUCUGAGCUGCUGGGACGUGGAGCCGUGAGACUCGGCAUGUCCAAAGUGACCCAAGUGGAAUUUGUCCCCAAAGAAAUGGUGUCUUACUCCAAAGAAACACAGACACCCACGGAGGCACUGACGCACACCGAUCAAAAAGCAGAUGAGGAAGAGGACGAGGAGUUAGCUGCUCCCCCAACAGCAGAUGACAACCAGGAGGAGAAAGAUGAACAGGGUGAACAGCAGGAUGAGGACACCCCCAAGGAGCUGACCGAAGAGGAGAAGCUGCAGGUCCUGCACUCCGACGAGUUCUUGUCAUUUUUCGAGCGUGGCAGCAGAAUCGUAGAGAGAGCUCUGGCUGAGCAGGUGGACGUCUGCUUCGACUACAGCGGGAGAGAUCUGGAGGAUAAGGAGGGUGACUUGCAGGCCGGUGCCAAACUGGUUCUGAACAGACAGUUUGCAGAUGAGCGCUGGACCAAAAACAGAGUGGUCACCUGUCUCGACUGGUCUCCUCAGUAUCCAGAGCUGCUGGUGGCCUCGUACAAUAACAACGAGGAUGCUCCACAUGAGCCUGAUGGUGUGGCAUUGGUCUGGAACAUGAAGUACAAGAAGGCCACACCCGAGUACAUCUUCCACUGCCAGUCUGAGGUGAUGUCUGCUGGGUUUGCCAAGUUUCACCCUAACCUGGUGGUGGGUGGGACAUACUCUGGACAAAUAGUCUUAUGGGACAACAGGAGCAACAAGCGCACCCCUGUUCAAAGGACUCCCCUAUCUGCAGCUGCUCACACACACCCGGUCUACUGUGUGAACGUAGUAGGAACCCAGAACGCCAAUAACCUGAUCAGCAUCUCCACUGAUGGCAAGAUGUGCUCCUGGAGUCUUGACAUGCUCUCCCAGCCACAGGACAGUCUGGAGCUGGUGUUCAAACAGAGCAAGGCGGUGGCUGUCACCUCCAUGGCCUUCCCUCUGGGUGACGUGAACAACUUUGUGGUGGGGAGCGAGGACGGUUCUGUCUACACUGCCUGUCGCCACGGCAGUAAGGCAGGAAUCACUGAGGUGUUUGAAGGCCAUCAUGGUCCGGUCACCGGGCUGAGCUGCCACAGUGCCGGAGGACCUGUCGAUUUCUCUCACCUCUUCAUUUCCUCAUCCUUCGACUGGACCGUCAAACUCUGGAGCACUAAGAGUACCCGUCCAUUGUACUCAUUCGAGGACAGCUGUGACUACGUCUAUGAUUCGAUGUGGUCUCCGACACAUCCUGCCCUGUUCGCCUGUGUGGACCUAUCUGGACGUUUGGACCUGUGGAACCUCAACAAUGAUACUGAGGUUCCCACCGCCAGUGUGUGUGUGGAUGGAGCUCCAGCACUGAACCGUGUGAGAUGGUCUCACACUGGGAAGGAGAUCGCCACCGGGGACUCAGAGGGACAGGUGCAGGUCUACGAUGUAGGAGAGCAAAUCUGCGUGCCCAAGGCAGACGAGUGGACGCGCUUUGUCAGGACGCUGGCCGAGAUAAACGAGAACCGGGACGAAGCCGAGGAACUGGCCAACGUCUGACGCUACAAACCUCCGCCCAGCAACUGUUCAUAGAUUUCUUUCCAGUACACUACUCUCCUAUAGCACAUGACAUGUACAUGACACUAUCAGAGGAGCUGCUCUGUCCUCGCUCUGGCUUUCAGCUUUUCCACUUUCUAUAAACUGGCCUGAGGAGAUGUGCAGAGCUAGAAUGGAUAGAGAUGACAGCUUUAGAAAUGUUUUAGAUGUGUUUUUAAAUGUGUCUUUAAAGGUUUUAGAUUUGUAGGGGACACUCAGCGUCACGUGUAGCAGCACUUGUACAAGAACCGUAGUUAAGGUGUUGAAAGAUCAACUUGGAGGGAUACAAGAAGGUGAUUUUCAGCAUAGACGGCGGCUGUCCACUCUGAACUUCUAGCUUUGAUAACAUCCUCAGGGCUCCAGAAACUGCUCUUCUCCUGAGGCCUCAACCAACUCAGCCCUUUUUUUAAAAUAUGCAAACCUUUGUACCCGCACCUUUUUAUUACCAUUUGAGUGUUUUUACAUGUUUUAAUAUUUUCCAGACACGCUUUGUGCACGGCUGGCAACCUUUAUCAACAGGAUGGGAAAAAGAAAAAGCUGACAUCUUACUAUCAGAUCCUCUUGAAUUUGAUGACAAACAGCUAAGGUGCUUAGACAUGCACAAUCUGGCCUGUGCAAAAGUGUGUCAUCCUUACAUUUUAACCACUACAAUAUUUAAUAUUUAUUAUGGUGGUUGCACUUAUUUAAAUAUUUUGUGUAUCAUUUCCAAAAGUUGCUGCUUUGUACUAAAUGCUUGAAUAGUACGUUCCUGAAAUUUAGCACUACAAGCUUUUUAACCGGUAAAAUCCGUGGUUUGAAUUUAUAGACACUAGUUCAGUUAAAGUGUUUUUUUUUUUCCACUACCAAAGGUUAUUGUUUCAUACUGUCUAUCUGUGUAAGGAGAAGUAGAAACAAUUCCCUGGCUUGUUCUCUUUAAGAGGAUCUAAAUAAACUGCAAAAAAGUUGAAAAUUGA